AUGUCCGUCGCGAAGACUUCGAACGGGCUCGAUCUCGAUGAUACUUUCAAUUCCCAAGAUGCAGACCUGAUUUUGCGCUCAUCAGACGGCGUCGACUUUGCCGUACACCGAUGCAUCAUCCGCUUGAUCUCUCCCUUUUUCGCCGACAUGCUCUCCCUGCCCCAGUCCGCCCAGACCACUGGAGCACCCGCCAUCAUAGACAUGGCCGAAGACGCACCAUCUGUACGGCUCCUGCUGAUGCUCUCAUACCCGCGGACCUUCUGUCCAGCCCCCAAGCUCGAUAAUGUACUCGAUAUCAAGCGCGCUGCUGCAAUCUCUCAAAAGUUCGACUCGAGCUCGUUCGUGGCGGUCGUCGAUGGCGCGUUGUGCCGAUACGCUCAGGAGAAGCCAGAGGUUGUCUAUGCAAUCAGUUGGAGAUAUAGAUACAAGAAUGCGUUGCGUGUUGCUGCGCGAUUGACCCUCGACCGUCUUCCGUUCUUGGGCCCAUCGUGGGAUAUAUCUGAGUUCGAGGACAUCCCGGCUACCGCUUUGGCUGAGCUACACCGGUACCACACUGCCUCUCUUACAGCGCUUCAAGUCCUCCGCGAUCCAGCCAUACCUAUCGGCUGGGUAACAAUACAAGCUAUAAAUCUCGGAGAGACAAAAGUCACAGGUGUCUGCUCGCACGAUGACACGCGUCUCAUCUUCAAUGCCGGUUUGGCCGAGGAGGGAAGUCAAGUCCUGACUCACCGCACCAUCAAUGCCUGGUGGUGGACGCUCGUCGUCGAUUCUGUCUCGAGCAUGAAAGGAUGCAGUCACUCCGCGUUCAAUGCCGCGUUCGACGAAGCACUCGAGAAUAUGCUCAACAGCGGGAACUUCUGUUCAGUCUGCCAGAGCCGAGUGCUCUUCUUCGCCGCGAUGCGAAAUACUAGGCACAAGUUACAGGACGAGAUCGAACGACGGGUGCAAGAGAUCACAUUGCAGAUCCCGUUCUGA